UUUUAAUUUAUUAAUACAAAUGUUAAAUAAUGGGAAGACAAUCAAUAUAGAUGAUUAAACAAAACAUAGGUUGAGUAGUCAAUGCAAAGAUAAUUUUUUAUAAUUUAUAAUGCUUUAGAAAGCAGGAAAGUAAGGAGAUUUAAAGAUGUUAAAUCAUUUGAAAACAAUAUACCCAAAAGAAUUAAAGGCAAAGAUUUUGAAAUAAAGUUCUAAUAUUGAUUAUUUAAAACAUUAAGAAUAAAGUGAGAAGAUUUUAAGACAAUAGGCAAAGUUUAUCUUAACAAGUAGAAAAAUGAAUAGUUAGACUGAUAGACCUAGAAGCAGAUUAGAUGAAUUAAUAAAAAAACCAUUUAACAUAUCUGCUAAAUGUCUUUUGACAAGUGUAGACAGAUUUAAUAUUUGAGUACUAAUAA